CAGGCUCACCUGCAGACCAGAGCAGAGACAGAGUCUGCAGACAGGUGCAUCUGGACCUGAGUCUGAGGGUCUGUGCAGGACGAUGUCUGCUCCGACGCCACACGCCGGCGGGUGUCUGAAGUGCCGGCGCCACUCUCUGUGGAUCAUCCCCCUCGUGCUGGUGGCCAGUGUCUUGAUCCACGUCCAGCUCUCCAGCUCCCUUUUGAAGCUUUUCGUCUUCGAUGGGAAACACUCCUGGAGAAAUAACAGCCUGAAAGGGCCUCGUCCUCAGAAUGAAGGACCUCCUCCUCCGCGCCCUCAGCAGAACUUCAGACGGCAGCAGGACCAUGAGCCCACAGCUGGAAACGGGAGCGGCAACGGGCUUCUGGAAAGAGGAAAGCAAAACCUCCCAAAAACCUGCCGACCGAAAUCUCACAUCGUUUUCCUGAAGACACACAAAACGGCGAGCAGCACCGUCCAGAACAUCCUGUUCCGAUACGGAGAAAGCAGGGAGCUGAUCUUCGUCUUGCCUCCAAAAAACAAACACAUGCUGUCUUACCCACGCUAUUUUGACAGAAAGUUUGUGGAAACCAAACAUCUGAAGAAGUUUGACAUUAUCUGCAACCACAUGAGGUUCAGAAAGUCUGAGGUGAAAAAACUGAUGCCCAAAGAUUCCUUCUACUUUUCUAUUUUGAGACAUCCUGUGUCUUCGAUGGAGUCCAUUUUCAUGUUCUUCAACCAUAGGACAGUCUUCCAUAGUUUCACAUCCUUGGAUGACUUCCUGGAACAUAGCUGGAACAACGUAUCAGUGAAGGACAGGUACGCUCACAACAACGUUGCCUUUGACUUUGGCUUUGGCAACACCGCCACAGCUGACACCCCAGACCUGGAGACCAUCGUCAACAAAGUGAUUGCUGGCAUAGAACGGGACUUCCACCUUAUUCUCAUCACUGAAUACUUUGAGGAGUCCAUGAUCUUGCUCAAACACGCCCUCUGUUGGUCCCUGGAAGACGUUGUUUCCUUUAAGGUCAACAGUCGCACAGCUCAAAGUCAUUCGUCUAUUUCGCUGACGGCUCCUGAGAAAAUCAAGAGAUGGAAUGUUUUAGACUGGAGGAUUUAUGAGCACUUCAACGCCACCUUCUGGAACAAAGUGAGAAGCCAGGUUGGAGAAGAGCAGAUGAAGCUGGAAGUGUUUCAACUGAAGCAGCUGCAGGUAAAGUUAACAAGCAGCUGCCUGGAAGGCGCACAGGCUGUCGACUCAACACAGAUUAAAGACAAAGAACUGAGGCCUUUUCACAAUGGGUCAGCGGUCAUUCAGGGCUAUAACCUCCAUCCCAACUUAGACAUUCAAACCAAAAUAAAAUGCCAAAGAAUGAUCAUUCCAGAACUACAGUACACAAGACGUUUGUAUGUAAAGCAGUUCACACAAAAAACUUCAAAAGUCAUUCAAGAAAAUCACUAAACGCUCAACAGCAAUAAACAUCACUUUACAAACCUCAUCAUCCAGAUCCAUCAAAUAGAUUUAUUGCUACCACACCACUGUGAAAAAAUCCAUCAAAGCACCAAAUCUCAGACCAAUUAUUCCUUUGACCAUCCAACACUACUGUAGAGCAGCCAACGUUUGAAGGAAAAAUACUGCAUGUUUGUUUUUUUACAACCUUACAGGGGAUGAUUCUCCUUCGGCCAAUGGAGCCACGAACACAUCAGGGGUUGUUUCUACUGUCUGUCUGGCUGAACUUCCCAUAAACUCUGUAAAUCAUCAACACUGACUGACUAAACCAAGUGAAGCCUGCAGCUCCUGACAUGUUGUUCUGGGCUCCUUUGACACUUCCUGGAGGAGACGUCAGACUCUCAGAAUCAUUUUGUCAAGCUGGCUACUCCUGGAUGUGAGGAUUCAGUCCAGUCUGAGAUGAGCUGCUGUUUGUUUCCUGUACUUUCUUUCUGUCUGUUUCUUUCUGAUCCCUUUCAUUCAGAAAUUGGAAACGUUUCUUCGGUGUUGUUUUGAUCAGUUUUUUUUUUUCAUUGAAUGAAAUAAACGGAGCUACAAUCAGCUCCUGGUGUAACUCAGAUCCAGGUCCUCUUGACAACAGCAGAUGGCCUCAGUUCUCUGCAUUGCUGCUGUGACCAGAGACUAUAUCAGAGAAUAAACAUUAGGCGCUGUGUUCAUCAUCGCCUCUUCUUCAGUUUUUUUACCUGCAGGACUUAUCUGCCACGAUCUGCCACUCAGAGGCAAUGCUUCAGAGUCAUGAAAAUCCCAUU